UAAAUCAACUCCAGCAGUCUGUUCUGUGACUCUGAGACCACAUCCUGUUGGUAGGUGGCAGUUCUUCUCUAAUAUGCCAAAUAUCACUUUGCCAUCUCCUGCCUGGCACAAUUUGUGCAAACAGACACGAAAUAAAGCAUCAAGAUUAUUCAGCUAUGUCUAGUUUUUACUUUUAAGAAGACCAGAAGAUUAGAACUGGAAGUUGCCAGUGCUGACCCAGAAACGAGUUUGGAGGUGAAGGUCGGGACCCUGCAGUGGCCUCCAAGAUCUGCCUGAAGUCUUGACUUUGACAUCUUUUGCUGCUGCCCUCCCCAUACACCAUCAGUUUGAGCUGCACCAAAUAGUUGGGCCCAGGGAGCUGAAAUGGAUCAGCCAGAGACUACUGAGCAAUUCAGCUUUACCCUCGAGACCGAAGACUCCCCAUUUGACCCUCAGGUCACCAAAAGCCCCAGGAGCAAGCCACGAAAAAAGUUUGCUUCUGGUUUUGGGAGUGAUGACACAAAGGCACCCAUGGAUACCUGCUACCAGGAUGAGUAUGAAGAGUCAGCUCCUAUGGUGAAAUUUAACUUGGACUUUGACAGAAAACCUGGAAGUUCUAGCUCUGACAGCACAGGAGCAGCAAAAUUUGACUUGAAAACACUAUUUGAUGCUGUCGCAAGUGGUGAUGUGUCCCGAUUGGAUGGGUUGCAAAAUUACCUGAGAAAAACCUUGAAACAGCUGACCCAUUCAGAAUUUAAAGAUCCUGUAAAUGGUAAAACUUGUUUACUGAAGGCACUUCUAAAUUUAAAAGAUGGGCAGAAUGAUACGAUUGAUGUGCUCCUGGACAUUGCAGAAAAAGGAGGUUACCUAAAGGAUUUUGUUAAUGCUGCAUACACUGACAGUUAUUACAAAGGACAAUCUGCCCUUCAUGUUGCUAUUGAAAGAAGAAAUAGACACUAUGUCGAGAUGCUUGUCCAGAAGGGAGCAGACGUAAAUGCAAGAGCCAGUGGGAAGUUCUUUCAGUUAAAUGAAGGAAAUGGAUUCUAUUUUGGUGAGCUCCCCUUGGCACUGGCUGCCUGCACCAACCAGAUGGACAUUGUGAAAUUUCUUAUGAAGAACCCCUACGAGAAAGCUAAGGUUGAUGCCACCGACUCCAUUGGAAAUACAGUGCUGCAUGCUCUGGUCACAGUAGCUGACAACACGUCGGUCAACACCAAGUUUGUCACCAUAAUGUAUGAUGAGAUACUGCGGAAAGGGAAUCAACUUUAUCCAAAAAUCAAGCUGGAGAGCAUCACAAACAAUCGCAAGCUCACCCCUUUGAAACUGGCAGCAAAGACAGGCAAGCUGGAGAUUUUUAAGCACAUUAUUGGACGAGAAUUUCCAGAAAAAGACUGCAGACACCUGUCCCGGAAGUUUACAGAAUGGGUUUAUGGCCCAGUACAUUCCUGCCUCUACGACAUCGACUCCAUUGAUUCUUAUGAGAAAAACUCUGUUUUGGAAAUCCUUGUAUAUGGCAGUGAAAUCCCGAAUCGGCAUGAGCUGCUGUGCAUAGAACCACUGAAUAAAGUGCUGGAAGACAAAUGGAAAAAAUUUGUCAGCAAAAUUUUCUUCACAAAUUUUUUUUUCUACCUGAUAUACCUGAUCACAUUCACCAUGAUUGCCUAUUACAGAAAGGAGGGGAAGCCCCCUUUUCACAUCGAGAAGACACCAAUGGAGUACCUACGUUUAGCUGGACAGCUCAUCAGUCUGGCAGGAGCUGUAUACUUCUUUAUUAAAGGGAUUAAAGAUUUGCUGAAAAAACGGACCACCUGGCAAGGUUUAAUAAUUGAUGGCUACUAUGAAAUCCUUUUUUUCCUGCAGGCCUUAUUUUUCUUGACUGCCACAGUGCUCUACUUUUUAGGAAAAGAGGAAUACGUGGCCUGCCUCGUCCUGUCCCUGGCUCUUGCUUGGGUUGAUGUCCUUUAUUAUACUCGGGGCUUCAAGCACCUAGGAAUCUACAGUGUUAUGAUACAAAAGAUGAUCUUGAGAGAUAUGAUGCGCUUCCUGAUCGUUUACAUGGUGUUCCUCAUUGGCUUUUCAGCAUCAUUGGUGACUUUAAUUGAAGACUCCCCAGCUAAAGCAUUUGUGGGGAAUGGUGAGGAUUCCUGCCACAACAAAUCAUACAACAGCAUAUAUUUCACUACCCAGGAGUUGUUCAAGUUUACAAUUGGAAUGGGUGACUUGGAAUUCACCGAGCAGUUCAACUUCAAGCACCUCUUCUACUUUUUGCUCAUUUGCUAUAUCAUUCUCACCUAUAUACUCCUCCUGAACAUGUUAAUUGCUCUUAUGAGUGAAACUGUGGACAAGAUUUCAAAGGAAAGCAAAGGCAUUUGGAAACUCCAGAGAGCCAUUAUGAUUUUUGACCUGGAGAAAAGCCUGCCCAGGUAUCUAAAGUCAAAGCUGAGGUCUGGCAUCACAAAGGACCUGGGUAGUUCAGCCAAUGAGGACAUACGGAGAUGUUUCAGAGUCGAAACAGUCAACUGGAACCAAUGGAACUCUAAUCUUGGCAUCAUCAAUGAAGAACCAGGCAACCACGACAUAAACAGAACAGGAAGUCCACACAUUGGAUAUCAAAGAGGACAAAGUUGGAGGAACAUGGUGCCUUUGGCAAGAGAGCUGAUCAACAGGCAGCCACCAACUACCAAUGAGGAAGAGAUGCAGACCUUUAACACAACAUCCAUCUAACUGGCUGCUGAGGAACUACACAUCCAUAGAUGCCUCCAUCAUUCCAGGAAAUAUUAGUCUUCCAAAAGGAUACACAAAAAUAUUUUUUUAAAUGUACAAAAAAAAAAAAAA